AUGAAGAAUUUCACUACAUUGAUCGUGGAUAUGAUGAAGAAAGAGAAGCUAUUUGCAUCUCAAGGAGGCCCUAUAAUUAUUGCUCAGAUUGAAAAUGAAUAUGGGAAUGUGGAAUCAUACUACGGAGAUGCUGGAAAAGCAUACAUCAACUGGUGUGCAAAUUUUGCUGAAUCACUGAACAUUGGCGUUCCAUGGAUUAUGUGUCAACAGAAAGAUGCUCCCGCAUCAAUGAUAAACACAUGUAAUGGCUGGUAUUGUGACUCAUUCACGCCAAGUAACCCAAACACUCCCAAGAUGUGGACUGAAAAUUGGACUGGCUGGUUUAAGAGCUGGGGUGGUUUAGACCCUCUCAGAACUGCUGAGGACGUUGCAUUUGCAGUAGCAAGGUUUUUCCAAUAUGGAGGCACAUUCCAAAACUAUUACAUGUAUCAUGGUGGAACAAACUUUGGUAGAACAGCAGCUUCAUACAUUACCACCUCGUAUGAUUAUGAUGCCCCUCUUGAUGAGUAUGGCCAUCUGAAUCAACCAAAAUGGGGGCAUUUGAAAGAGCUUCAUGAGGUUUUGAAAUCCAUGGAACAUACUCUCACUUAUGGCAAUAUUACCACCACAGAAUUGGGUAACUCUGUCUCGACCACUGUGUUCGCAACAAACGAUUCUAGUAGCUGCAUUUUUGGCAAUGCCAAUAACAGUGCAGAUGCUACAAUCACUUUCCAAGGAAAUACACAUACCAUUCCUGCUUGGUCUGUUAGUAUUCUUCCUGAUUGCAAAACAGAAGUAUACAAUACUGCUAAGGUUAACACCCAAACUACAGUGAAAGUAAAAAGUGUGAACAUGGCUGAGGACGAACCUGCUUCUCUUCAAUGGUCAUGGAGGCCCGAGAAGAUAGAUGACACCCAGCUUCUUGGUAAAGGUGAUGUUGGAGCAAAUCGUCUUAUGGACCAAAAAGAUGUUGCAAAUGAUGCUGAUGAUUAUCUUUGGUACAUGACAACUGUUCAACUCAGUAAGGAUGAUCCAAUUUUGAGUGGCAACAUGACAUUGAGGAUUAAUGAAACUGGUUACAUUCUUCAUGCUUAUGUUAACGGAGAACAUGUCGGUGAUCAAUGGUCCAAAUAUAACAACUUCAACUACAUUUUCGAGAAAUCUAUCAAGUUGGUUCCCGGAGUGAACACAAUUUCAUUGCUCAGUGCUACAGUCGGUUUUCCGAAUUAUGGAGGAGGAUUUGAGGACAUUAAAACUGGGAUUCUUGGUCCUGUUCAACUGGUUGGACAAAUUGAAGAUGAAACAGUGAUCAAGGAUCUCUCUGGACAAAAAUGGUCAUACAAGGUUGGACUCCAUGGCAUGAAAGACCUGCUCUUUAGCUCUGCUUCUCGUUUCGCAAAUAAGUGGUCGGUUAAAGCUUUACCAGUAAACAGGAGGAUGACAUGGUAUAAGACGACUUUCAAAGCUCCCCUAGGAACUGAACCAGUCGUGGUGGACUUACAAGGGUUGGGCAAAGGCCAUGCUUGGGUGAAUGGUCACAGCAUUGGGCGAUAUUGGCCAAGUUACUUGGCUCCAGAAGAUGGCUGUAGUCUUGAGGCUUGUGACUACCGUGGUACAUACGACAAUAACAAGUGUGUAUUCAACUGUGGCAAACCUACUCAAAGAUGGUAUCAUGUUCCGCGAUCCUUUUUGCAAGAUGAUGUAAACACAUUGGUGUUGUUUGAGGAAUUUGGUGGCAACCCAUCUUAUGUGAAUUUCCAAACGAUCAGAGUAGGAACUAUAUGUGCAAAUGCAUAUGAGAAUCAUACAUUGAAAUUAGCAUGCCAAGGUCGUUCCAUUUCAGCUAUCAAGUUCGCAAGCUUUGGAAACCCAGAAGGGACUUGUGGAUCAUUUAGGGAAGGCACCGGUGAUAGCACAACUGCUUUGUCCAUCCUUCAAAAGGAAUGUGUUGGAAAAGAGGCGUGCUCAAUUGACGUAUCAGAAAGCAAGUUUGGCUCCACAAACUGUGGCGAUAUUGUGAAGAGGCUGGCCGUGGAGGCAGUUUGUUAG